GAGGGGCCCGGCUCGGCCCGGCCCGGGCCCCCAGCUCAGCAGACAUCGUGGCUGCGUUUGUCGCAGUGACACAACUUGUCCUCCCGUCGACCACCACUUCCCCAGGUGGAGUCCUUCGGACGGGACAUGCAAAUCUGUCCCUAGUCUCUGUGACGGUAAACCUCACCGUCGGCCACCGCGGGAGGGUUUCCCCCGUCCGCUGCUGUGACGGGGAUCUGGCGCAGAACUGACAGACAGAUAACGGCUUCUCCCCGGCCGGCGCCGGGAGCCUCCGACCGGCCGCUGGGAACCGGGAGGGACUGGCUAGCGAGAAGCUAACUACCGUUAGCCCAGGAUAUCCUUUCACCCUAGCGUCCUCUUGACAGUUUUGACAUCAAGGCAGAAGUCCUCCCAACAAACGUUUAAGCGACGGCGUGAAGAUGGAUUGAAAGAUGAAGGGUGGAACUUUCCCAUCAUCCCACUAGGAGGGCGUCUCUCAAAGCCUAAUUGUGUAACUAAGUUGAGAGACUUGAGAGGAAGAUGCCUCCGAGGCCAUCCUCAGGGGAGCUAUGGGGAAUCCACUUGAUGCCUCCAAGGAUCUUGGUGGACUGCCUGCUGCCCAAUGGGAUGAUUCUCACCCUAGAGUGUCUUCGAGAGGCCGCACUCAAUACCAUCAAACAUGAGCUGUUUAAGGAGGUCAGAAAGUAUCCUCUCCAUCACCUCCUACAGGAGGAGACAUCGUACAUCUUUGUCAGUGUUACACAGGAAGCAGAGCGGGAAGAGUUCUACGAUGAGACCCGAAGGCUGUGUGAUCUUCGACUCUUCCAGCCGUUCCUCAAAGUCAUUGAACCAGUUGGCAACAGAGAGGAAAAGAUCCUAAACCGAGAAAUUGGUUUUGCCAUUGGUAUGCCUGUGUGUGAAUUUGACCUGGUGAAGGACCCAGAGGUUCAGGACUUCAGGAGGAACAUCUUGAAUGUGUGUAAAGAUUCAGUGGAGCUGAGAGAUUCCAGUGGGCCUCACAGCAGGGCACUCUAUGUUUACCCCCCCAACGUAGAGUCCACGCAGGAGCUUCCUAAACACAUUUAUAGCAAACUUGACAAAGGUCAGAUCAUCGUUGUAAUAUGGGUGAUCGUUUCCCCUAACAACGACAAACAAAAGUAUACGCUGAAGAUCAACCACGACUGUGUGCCUGAACAGGUGAUUGCAGAGGCCAUUCGCAAGAAGACACGCAGCAUGCUGCUGUCCCCCGAACAGCUGAAGAUGUGUGUUCAGGAAUAUCAGGGGAAAUACAUCCUGAAAGUUUGUGGUUGUGAUGAAUAUCUGCUGGAAAAGUACCCUAUUAGCCAGUAUAAGUACAUUCGUAGUUGCAUCAUGCUAAGCAGGAUGCCCAACCUGAUGCUUAUGGCUAAAGACAGCUUGUACACCCAGUUGCCUACGGACAGCUUCGUCAUGCCAUCAUACUCCAGACGGAUCUCCACGGCAACAUCAUAUAUGAAUGGAGAGGCAGCUUCCAAGUCUCUGUGGACCAUCAAUGGAACCCUUCGGAUACGAAUCCUUUGUGCCACUUAUGUUAACGUGAAUAUACGGGACAUAGACAAGAUCUAUGUGAGAACAGGAAUUUAUCAUGGAGGUGAACAAAUGUGUGACAACGUCAACACGCAGAGAGUCCCCUGCUCUAAUCCCAGGUGGAAUGAGUGGCUCACCUAUGACAUGUACAUUCCUGAUAUCCCUCGAGCUGCCAGACUCUGCCUCUCCGUCUGCUCUGUGAAGGGCCGAAAGGGAGCCAAAGAGGAGCACUGUCCACUAGCCUGGGGCAACAUCAACCUUUUCGACUACACUCACACUCUGGUAGCAAGCAAGAUGGCUCUGAACCUCUGGCCUGUUCCUCAUGGCCUUGAAGACCUUCUCAACCCCAUCGGAGUCACGGGUUCAAACCCCAAUAAGGAAACGCCGUGUCUGGAACUGGAAUUCGACCACUUCAGCAGUCCUGUCAAAUACCCAGACAUGAAUGCUGUGGAGGAUCAUGCAAACUGGACCAUCUCAAGGGAGCUGGGUUUUAACUACAACCUGUCCGGACAGAGCAACCGCGUGGCCAGAGAUCACGCCCUGACGGAGAGUGACACUGAACAGCUGAGACAGCUGAGCAACAGGGACCCUCUGUCAGAAAUCACUGAGCAGGAGAAAGAUUUCCUCUGGAGACACCGGCAUUACUGCAUGAACUUUCCAGAGAUUCUUCCCAAGAUCCUCCUGGCUGUCAAAUGGAACUCCCGAGAUGAGGUGGCACAGAUGUAUUGUCUAUUGAAGGAAUGGCCAUCUAUCCGUCCUGAGCAGGCCAUGGAACUGUUGGACUGUAACUAUCCAGACCCCAUGGUCCGGCACUUUGCUGUGCGCUGCCUUGAGAAGUACUUGACUGAUGACAAACUGUCCCAGUACCUCAUCCAGCUGGUGCAGGUGUUAAAAUAUGAGCAGUACCUGGACAAUCCACUGGCUCGCUUCCUCCUCAAGAAGGCCUUAACAAACCAAAGGAUAGGACAUUUCUUCUUCUGGCAUCUCAAGUCAGAAAUGCACAAUAAAACUGUGAGUCAGAGGUUUGGGCUUCUUUUGGAGUCCUACUGCAGGGCCUGUGGCAUGUACCUCAAACACCUGAGCAGACAGGUAGAGGCCAUGGAGAAGCUCAUCAACCUUACCGACAUCCUCAAACAGGAAAAGAAGGAUGAGACUCAGAAGGUCCAGAUGAGGUUUCUGGUGGAGCAGAUGAAGAGACCCGACUACAUGGAUGCUCUGCAGAACUUCACCUCUCCUCUCAACCCUGCACAUCAGCUGGGAAAUCUGAGGUUGGAUGAAUGCAGGAUCAUGUCAUCUGCAAAGAGGCCGUUGUGGCUGAACUGGGAGAAUCCUGACAUCAUGUCUGAGUUACUCUUUCAAAACAACGAGAUCAUCUUCAAAAAUGGAGAUGAUUUGCGUCAGGACAUGCUGACAUUGCAGAUCAUUAAGAUCAUGGAGAACAUCUGGCAGAAUCAGGGACUGGACCUACGGAUGUUGCCCUAUGGCUGUCUGUCUCUAGGAGACUGUGUCGGUCUCAUAGAGGUGGUUCGAAACUCCCACACGAUCAUGCAGAUUCAGUGUAAAGGAGGCCUGAAAGGAGCGCUUCAGUUCAACUCCAACACGCUGCAUCAGUGGCUGAAGGACAAAAACAAGGGAGAAAUGUAUGACAUGGCUGUGGAUCUGUUCACGAGGUCCUGUGCUGGCUACUGUGUAGCUACAUUUAUCCUGGGGAUAGGAGACAGGCACAACAGCAACAUUAUGGUCAAAGAUGAUGGGCAGCUGUUUCAUAUCGACUUUGGCCAUUUCCUGGAUCAUAAAAAGAAGAAAUUUGGCUACAAGAGAGAGAGAGUGCCUUUUGUUCUGACACAAGACUUCCUCAUUGUCAUCAGCAAGGGAUCCCCGGAGUGCACAAAGACCAAAGAGUUUGAGAGGUUCCAGGAAAUGUGCUACAAAGCUUACCUGGCCAUCCGACAACACGCCAACCUCUUCAUCAACCUGUUCUCCAUGAUGCUCGGCUCCGGCAUGCCCGAACUCCAAUCGUUUGAUGACAUCGCUUACAUCCGAAAGACGCUGGCUCUGGAGAAAAGCGAGCAGGAGGCGUUGGAUUAUUUUAUGAAGCAGAUGAACGAUGCCCACCAUGGAGGAUGGACCACUAAGAUGGACUGGAUUUUCCACACGAUUAGGCAGCAUGCCCUAAACUAAUUCCUCAAACACAAGCAAGAUCCACCAGUAUUUAUUAUUGCCUGUCUGAGGAAACCCUCACAGCAGCGACACAAGCGCACCAACUAUGGAAGGUUGUGCGCUUGAUUGACUGUUUUGGAAGCACUUUUUAUUUAAACAUGUUCCUGUUAAUCUGCAUUUUCAUUGGAUUUUUCUUAUUAUUAUUAUUUUGGUCUGUCUUCCGGUGUGAGUUUGGAAAUACCCUUGCACUGUCCACGGCUUGUGUCGGGGUCCGGAUUAAAACGUUUUCCUCGCGACUCUGAAGAAAGCUCAAACCUGGAGGAUGCUUUCGUUUCUGCCCACCAAGUUCUGCUCUCACCAACUUAAAUCUUUGCUGCUCUUAAACGAAACACCUUCUGGCUCAAAGGAGCCAUGUUUGCCAAGGUGUUAAUGUAGCCACAGAGCGAGUUCAGCUCGCUUCCCUUCGGUCGUUAUUAGCGCAGCACUUUAGCUCAGAGCCACCAUGGCUGAGGAGAUGAGGACACAUGGGACUGUUCAGAUCGUUUCAUGUAAAUCCUGACUCGAGUGUCUUCCACCAGCGUCGUGAAGCCGCCCUUCACAGAUGAUUUAGCCCCCGCCACCAAAACUUUACCUGAAAGGAAAAAAUAUAUAUAUAUAUUUGGAUGUUUUAGAGUUUUAUGUGUUCAGUCGAAGCUUCACAAAUCUUUGAACUUCUCGUGCAGCAGCUCAGCUUUGUUGUUGACGCCCCUUUUUGGAAUCAUUUAUUUGAUAAAGAGCUAAACAUCUCGUAGUUUACGUCAUUUAUUUAGUUUUCCUCUCUUGCAUCACCGCGCUGCUCAAAGUUAAACAGACGUGAAGCGGCCGUGCUUGGUGAGCCAGAAAGCAUAAAUGAAUUAGCAUCAUUUUUAAUCCUAAAUCCACCAGAGUGGGCUAGAUUUAGAUUAUUAUUCACCUAAACUCCUUUCAUCCAAGUAAAAUUACAGGACGUAAAAACACGAAGGCAGCAAAAUAUCAACCUAAAGCCUGCAUUAAAGGAGCCACUAAGGGAAAUUUCAUGCACCAUUAGUAUUUUUAUACAUAUUUAUCAGAUACUAACUGAUAACUGAACAGCUAACUUGAUAUAGUUUGAGAAAUCCCAGUCGGUGUUGGUUUAGGGAUUAAAUGUUUGCUCCGCUGAGAUGAGGCAGUAUUUUACAUGAAUGUUGCCCGGGAGCAGCUUCCUGAGCGCCCGCAGUCGGGCAAUAGAAAUAAAUAUCGAUUCUCAUGUUUGUGACCCCAAAACGGGAAACUGAUCGUCCCAGAGGAUCCUGAGGGGCCUGAGCGUGUGGCGUACAAUCAGUGCAGCUUUUUAAUGGCUUGAAUGUAUUUAAUUGCUUACGUGGACCUUCUUGUUUUUGUUGUGAAAGUCCGAUGCAGUGCCUCUGAUCAAACUGCACGUGUCAAAAACGCAGAAUCCAGUCAAAGCUCAAACUGGAGCUGCACCACGCAGUCAGUCAAAGACUCUAAAAGUAAAUAAAACAAACGUAUGCAUUAAAAAAAAGGACCUAGUUCUAAAUGCCUUUUUGUCCAGAAGGAGGUUAGACUAAUAUGCAUGUUUCUGGAGCAGCAUAACCAGUGUGUAUGACGUAAAAGCGUCGGUCUGUUUUCUAACGUAGGUUUAACGUGCGACCACUCUGUUGUGCUCUGUACUCUCGUAUAUCCUCCUGAUGGUUGUGUGUUUGCUCCCAUGCCUUCACCCUGGUUCUGUGCAGGCUGCAGAGCUUCAUUGGCGGGUUCCAGUGGAAAACAACUGUUCGUGAGUCUGUUGAUGAUGAUGAAGACGAUGAUGUCUAAAUGUUUUGUAAAAUGCCUCCAAAAACGAUGCUUCGUUUGUAAGAAAACCUUUUUUCUUAUGAGUUUUACUUGAAAAUGGAUCCGAUGGAAGCUCAGCCGGAUCCUGUGGGGUUGGAGAAGCGGUUUGUUUAGUACUUACCUGUGAGUGAGUGAGUGAGUGUGUGUUUGUGUCGGCGUCGUUUAUUUGACUCCGCCAGUGAAUGUCAUUGAUGAUGCAGUAAGCGCAAGAUGCAUUUGAAUUUUGGGACUUAUAUUUGUGCUCGAGCCAACAUUUGUAGGAUUGAAAAAUCUCUGAAAGACAUGAAUAAGCUUAUAGUUGCACCCCUUUUCGCCCCUUCCCCCUGAAAGCUUGUUUAAGAGUUCUGUUUGAAGCUGAUCCUGGUUCAGCAUCUCCAGCUGUCUGCAGGAUCGCAUCAGGAAGUUGGAGUUGGUUUCUCCCCUGCUAGCUUAAUGUUUGAAUCUGACUCCUGAUCAACAUGAACACUCUGAAAAUAUAACUCAGAGGAGUGCAAUAUCAGUGCAGUAAACAGCCCCUUUGUGAAGGUUAUUGUGUGUUUGUUGGACUAAACUAACGUGUCUGAAUCCAUUCAUGUUUUACCUCCAUCUGCAUGAGUUUGGGCCCAGAUACAAAUACAGUCCUGUCUCCAAACCGGAGGUUCUUCUCUUCCUUUCAGUAAUUUCUGUUUAAAUGUUUUUUUUUUCUGAGCCAUAAAGGAACUGUAAAUAGGCUAAAUAAGCGAUUUGGAAAAAAAGAAAAUUGGAGUAAAUAGAUUUUUUUGUUAUUUUUUUCUUAUGAUGGGAAAAUAAAUCUAUGGAUUCAUGUUUUUAUAUUCAA